CGCGGCAGCGAAGUCAGUCGUUGGUUCAAUAUUCAAACGUUCCGCGGUUCAAUAUUCUUUAAGCUUUUGCAGUAACAUAAAAUCAAAUCCAAUUGAAUAUAAAUUUCCAAUCAGCUAAAUUCUUCUGAUAUUCCAGAUUGUUCUGGUACAUCCAGUUUCUGAACCCUAGAUUUCAAGUGAUCGAAUUAUCCAUCUCAAUUGUUGUAAGAAACAUUUUUAUUUCCUUUGAUCUGUGUGCCAAACGAGAUAAUGGCGCAUGGAAGAUCAAAGUUGAUCCUCUUGUUGUGUUGUUUAUCAUACACUUUAUCAAUUGCCAUUGCAGCGAAAAGUUAUUAUGAUAUAUUGCAAGUUCCAAAAGGUGCUUCAGAUGAACAGAUUAAACGCGCUUAUCGGAAGCUUGCGUUAAAGUAUCAUCCUGAUAAAAACCAGGGAAAUGAGGAGGCUAAUAAGAAAUUUGCUGAAAUCAAUAACGCUUACGAAGUGCUAUCAGACAGUGAAAAGAGGAAUAUAUACGACAGGUAUGGGGGAGAGGGUCUUAAGCAACACGCUGCUAGCGGAGGAGGCAGAGGUGCAGGAAUGAACAUUCAAGACAUAUUUAGCCAGUUUUUUGGUGGGGGCUCAAUGGAGGAGGAGGAAGAGAAGGUUGCGAAAGGCGAUGAUGUAAUCGUUGAUUUGGAUGCAACAUUGGAAGACUUAUACAAUGGAGGCUCCUUGAAGGUUUGGAGGGAGAAAAACAUUUUAAAGCCGGCACCAGGUAAGAGGCGGUGCAACUGCCGAAAUGAGGUAUAUCAUCGACAAAUCGGUCCAGGAAUGUUUCAGCAGAUGACUGAGCAGGUCUGUGACCAGUGCCCCAACGUGAAGUUUGAAAGGGAGGGCUAUCACAUUACUGUGGACAUUGAGAAAGGAACGCGAGAUGGUCAGGAAGUGGUCUUUUAUGAGGAUGGUGAGCCUAAGAUAGAUGGUGAACCUGGAGACCUGAAGUUCCGCAUCCGUGCGGCUCCUCAUGACCAGUUUAAAAGAGAAGGAAACGACCUUCGCACCACUGUUACUAUAACUCUGGUGCAAGCUCUGGUUGGUUUUGAGAAGACCAUUAAACAUCUCGAUGAUCAUCUGGUGGAUAUUAGUUCAAAGGGAAUCACUAAACCAAAGGAAGUGAGAAAGUUUAAAGACGAAGGGAUGCCACUGCAUUUUAGUAACAAGAAGGGUGAUUUAUAUGUUAAAUUUGAGGUUCUUUUCCCCACAUCAUUGACGGAGGACCAGAAGAAACAGAUCAAGGAAAUUCUUGGUUAAGAUACCCCAUAAUAGACUAUUUCUUUGGUCUCCAGUGAUGAAAAUCCGUGCAUCUGUUUGAAGCUGCACCGUGCGUCUGACUUGCUAUAACCUUCCAAGCUUUUGUGAUCUUAACUUUCAGGCCCUUCUAUCGAAUUCAUUUUUCCUUCAUCUUUUUUAGGGUGGAGGUGCUCAUUUGAGGUAUAGAGUAGAGGCCAUUAUAUGUGUAUCGAACAAUGAUUGUAGAGUAGAUGGAAAUAUGUAUAGGUGCUGCAUCAUUUUGGAGUCCUCUAUUUUGUAAGGACAGAGGAUUUUAAUCCCGGAUGGUUUAUGCAAAUGACAAAUGUAACGUCGUGUUAUUCUUCUCUUCA